GGAAAUUGCCUGAGAAAAAGGAACUUUGAUAUUCAUUUCUCUCUCUGCUGUCAGCGAUGGCGUCCUCAGACCUGAGAGAGGAGCUGGAUUGUUCCAUCUGCCUGAACAUGUAUACGGAUCCCGUCAUGUUGAAAUGCGGACACAACUUCUGCCGGGUCUGCAUUGACCGCGUGUUUGAUUCCCAAGAGGGGUCCGGAGAUUAUUUCUGCCCUCAGUGCCGGAAAGAGUUCCAGGAGAGACCUUCACCGCACAGAAAUAUCACUCUGCGGAACAUCACAGAGCGUUUCCUGUCUUCUCCACCACCAGAACCAGAGAAGUCCGGGAUCUUCUGCACUUACUGUAUUCACUCCUCUGUACCCGCUGUGAAGUCCUGUCUACUUUGUGAGGCUUCUCUAUGUGAUGACCAUCUGAGAGUCCACAGCAAGUCACCAGAACACGUCAUAUGUGUCCCCACCAGCACCCCGGAGAACAGGAAGUGCCCCGUCCAUAAGAAGAUCCUGGAGUUAUACUGCACCGAGGACUCUACUUGUAUCUGUAUCUCCUGCAGUUUAACUGGAGAACAUCGAGGACACCAGGUGGAGACCCUACAAGAGGCCUCUAUAAAGAAGAAGAAGAAACUGAUCAAUAAUCUUCAGAAACUGAUUACUAAGAGAGGGAAGAAAGAAGAUAGAGUCCGGAGGCUCCAGAAAUAUCUGGGAAAAGUACAAGGAAAAGUGGAAGGAGAAACAGAGAGAGUCACUGGCCUGUUCAGAGAGCUCAGGAAACGUCUGGAAGAUCUGGAGGAGAAAGUCCUGAGUGAGAUCUCCAGGCAGGCAGAGCGGAUCCUACCCCCAAUCAAUGAUCUGAUUCAGCAGUUCGAAUUAAAGACGGAGGAUCUGUCCCGGAAAUUACGUCACUUUGAGGAGCUGUGCGCCAUGGCCGAUCCGUUGACUGUCCUUCAGGAACCAGACUCAGGUGACUUGGGUGAUACCGAGGAUGGAGAUGACGAGGACAAAGAGAAACAUCACAAACUCUGCCGUGAGGGAGGGGCUCUGGAUGGGAUCUCGCAUGUACUCCACUCUGGUUUCCCGGAUGUAAUAAGUGGUGUCAUUGAGGGGAUCUUUAUACCGAAAGCCGUAAACAUGUUAUUGGAUGAGGACACGGCUCAUAAUUUUGUAUCUAUCUCCGAUGAUAAGAAGUCCGCAUCCAAGGCGACAAAUAAUCAGAAUCGGCCAGAUACCGAGGAGAGAUUUGUGGAUUUUUAUCAAGUUUUAGGCAACCGGAGCUUCUCCUCAGGGAGACAUUAUUGGGAGGUGGAUGUCCGUUAUUCCAAUAACUGGAUCAUCGGGAUGUGUUAUGACUGUAUCUACAGGGACAAGAAUGACUCCAUUAUUGGAAGGAAUGACGUGUCCUGGGGUUUGGACAGGAAGGGUGAAAAGUAUAUAGCAUCGCAUGACGAUAAUGGGACCAAAAUUUCUGUUGAUGUUCCAGUGAAAAGAGUCCAGGUAUACCUGGAUUAUGAGGCCGGGCAGAUCUCCUUCUAUAUGUGUGACCCCCUCUGCCACCUCCACACCUUCACCACCACCUUCACCGAGCCCCUCUAUGCUGUGUUGGGUGUUUGCGAUUCACGUAUAACAUUGGUUUGAAGGAAGAUGUGAUAAAUCCUGCUUAGAACAGGGUCCCCAGAGAGCCCCCUCCUUACAUCAGGGUCCCCAGCGAGGCC